CAUCGAGACUAUAGUAUUCUAGAUCUGUGGCUGGUUGGCGGGGUGCUCUGGUGUGGUUUGCUUCUUCUUCCCAAUCAAACAUCUAUCGUCCUUAUCUCCCCUUCCUUGCAGACGGCGGCCCCUACAUCUCCGGCGACCACCACGCCGAAGAAAAACAGCUCCGACUCCAACAUCACGACCGUAGCCGGGGACGCCUUGUUCUCCGAGCUGCGCCCGGCCAAGAACCUGAGCGGUAUGUCCCUGCCGGCUCACAACUUCGGCUGUGACCACAUCAUCACCACGUACCUCGUGCCCAACCUCCUGCACUUUAUGGCCUACAUCAUGGGGCUGUACUACUUCCGGAUCCAGGAGAAUGAGCAGCUCUAUGCUCUCAUGGAGAAGGUUUUUCUCCAGGCCACACCAGUCCAGGCGAGAUCAGCUUCUCAGCAGAAAAUGAUUCGCAAACUCAGGUUGUUCUUGGUGCUGGGCUCUGUGUGGGUGUUCUUCACCGUUGUCUUACAGGGCAUGUACGUUUGGGCCUUCGAUUUCCCCAAAAUGCCACUUUUUGAGAAAAUUGGGGCGACGGGCUACUGGCUUUUGUUGUCAUUUGAACUGCUGGGCCGAACGGUGUUCAACUGUGUGAUCCUAGCUAUUGUGAUGAACUACACCACUCAGUGUGAGAUGAUCAAGUUCUACGUCAAAGGCCUGGCCAUGAGGCUUCAUGAGAAGUCUACGGAUCUGAAGUCGGCCAUGAAGGAUGUUCUGAUGUUGCGGCAAAGCCUGAGCCUCCUCAAUGGCUCCAUCUCCAAGAUGACUUCUCUGGCCUCCAUCAUCUUGGCUGAACUCACCAUCAUAGGUUUCUGUGUGCUCUUCCUCAAUGAGCACGAUGACCCGCGGCUCUGGGUGUACAGAAUUCUGUUUCCUAUUGUCUGGGCAGUCAUGUUGGGCUUCCCAUUGUUUCAGGCAGCUCGUGUGAAUUCUAUCUGCUUGAGAAUACAGAAGAUAGCCAUUGAGAUGAGGGUCUUUGGCUACAAAGGGGCAUCCAUCAUAGAUCUGGAUUCUUUUCUACAUUUUGUCACAAUCACAAAGUUGAAAGGGAAACUGUUUCACAUCACUGUAUUGCCGUCUCAUUUGAUAUUCUCCAUCAUCGUCACAGCGUUCAUUCUUCUCAUCCUGUUUCAAACCAGCAUACUGCACACAUCUGAAUAUGUGUUCUAGGCAUAUUCAAGGAGAGAGCUCAACAGUUUCUCGAGGAAUUGCUUCUCUACUUAAGGAAACUCAUAUAAGGAAAACUUUGGAGAGCUUCAUUGUGGUUUCUUCGCUGCCUAAUUAACGUCCCAAAAGAACAAUUCUGAAAUCUCUAAGGAUUUCUUUGUUUUAGUAAGAGUUUUAC